CACAACGACGUCGUGGAAACUCGACAGCAGACUACUGCAUUCCGAAGACGUUGAUUUCUUGGGUUUUAUACCAAAUUGCCUAAUUUAAGACGCAAAUAAACAAAGAAAAAUGGCAAAAGAAAGAUACCUUAAAGGUGACGCCAUGCCGUUCGCUAAACAGAUGAAGAGGUUAAUCAACAGUAAAGAUUUCAGUGACAUCAAGUUCAUUGUGGGAGAUUCGCGCAAGCAGAUCCGGGCCCAUCGCUGCAUCCUGGCAUCUCGCUGUGAGGUCUUCCGCGCCAUGUUCGCUGACCAGAACAACAAGGAGGACACCCCUUAUGUCAUGUCAGACGUUGACCCAGACGUCUUCCUGACUGUCUUGGAGUUCAUCUACACCAAUUGUGUCGCACUGAGCACCAAAAAUGCUUUUGAAGUACUGAGCUGUUCCAUUGAAUACGGCCUGGAUGACCUGAGGAAGGUGUGCGUGGCCUUCCUGAUGGACAGCCUGUCGGUCAGCUCCUGCUGCGAGGUCCUGCAGUCGGCCGUCUCCUAUGGCCAGGAAGACCUGAAGGCCAAGGCACUGGCCUUCAUCGACAAGAACACUCAGAGUGUCAUCAAGACCAAAGGUUUUCAGGAGUUGUCCGCUGAGGCCGUGUGCUGCACUCUGCAGAGCUCUAAGCUGACAGCCGACGAGCCGGACAUCAUAGCGGCUGUGAGGGAGUGGGCAGCGGCCAACUCGCAGACGCUCACUCGACAGCCGAUGCAGAAGGUUAUCCAGUCUGUGGUCAGGCACAUCCGGCUGGCCCUCCUGGCUCCAGAUGAGCUGAAGCAACUGGAGAGGGAGAACGAAGCGCAGCAAAUCAUUCCCGUCACGGCCAUUGCAGCCGCUUGGAAGUUCCAUGCCCUCCACGAGUCAGAGCUGGGGAACCCCCAGACCCAACUUCGUCAAGGGACAAUAUCUAGACCGUCCCACCGAGGGUUGCACCACUGGGACAUGUGAACACAAAAUAGCCCUGUCUUUGUUUUGUAAUGUGUGUUUUCCGAGGAGUGCCGAACAGCAUAUUGUCCUAAAACUUGAAAUGUCAGGAAACAGCACCGUGUUUUGAAGCUCGUAAAGCUUCUGAACCAUCAGAGAGACCAGCUUCUUUCUGAUUUUGCUUCGAAGGAACUUUAGUGAAAUACUUUCUGAGUGAAUCUUAUCAAGGGUGCCUCUUUUCCUGGAAGUAUUUGAGGUUGUGUGAUUAUCUUGCAUUGGCUCUAGUGCACCUUUCGUCGGCCACGGUUACUUCCGCGAUAUCACGCCGAAGGCCAGUUGUUCCAUUUUCUGACAGCUGCUCUCAAUUUCAUAUCGCCCACCUGGGUUGUUGAGUACGGACGUGCACCUGUGGUAUGGAAUCUUUGGACGUUAGCUUGACCAUUCCACUAGAUCUGGGCCCUUUCCUACGAUCCACCGAAGACAUGUCUAGCUCCACACCCCAGACUAAACCUCAAGUUGGUGUGAUGUUCCCUGAUGGAGGCUUUGCUGACUAUACGAUUCAGAUAAUCUCUACUGUUAGACAGGUAGUCUCUCUCCAGCAUUACCAUCGUUUUGUUAGCAGUGAAGAAAACCAUUGUGAGGUUAGAAACCUCCUCCAUUUAGUUACGUUUGAAGAGGUUUCAGUCUCCCCAGGAGCAAAGAGUAAUGUGACUAGCUGCUAAUCUGACAGUAGAGGCCAGUGAAUCUGAUGACAAGUACAUAAUUCAAUUGGACUUCCUCACGCCAGAUUUAUAAACACACCUGCAAAGUGCAACUUUAAAAGUUUCAAGUAAAGGUUUAAAGCAGUUAAUCAUUUUAACAGCCAAAUUUUUGUAUUUCCAAUCCGUAUAUUUUUGCAAUGAAAGGGAAUUUGUUGUUACUAAUACAGGUAUCAGAUUUUAAAAUGCUUUUCAGGAAACCUACUUUUUGUUCUUUACUUUAUAAAUGUGUAAAUUAUGCAUAUUUUUAUGUGCAUGUAUGUACAUCUUAAGAAUGCAGCAAGUGAUACUAAUUAUAAAUUCUGUGUCUUAACCGUGUGGUUUUAUAAAAUUAAGUUGAUAAAAAAAUGUUCGAAUGCCAAGUGUUUAUGUCCAUUUGGCCGAGUAAAGUUCGAUUUUGGAAAUGAACUCUUGAAUCUGCAGAUCUAUCCCACGCAGCUAGUAUUAGAGAGUUUUUAUUUUAAUGUGUAUGUGUCUUUCAAACAAGAAAUUAAAACUAAGUUUUUGAACCGUU